AUGUCUAUGAAAAUCGAGCAGUUUGUAAAUGAUGAUUUCGAAAAGAAAACUACGAAAACAUCAGGUAAACUUGGCAUUCGACAUCUACAGGUUUUUUUCUUCUUCUUGGGAAAUGCCAUCGGAUACUGCCUCCGGGUGUGCAUGUCAGAAGCUAUUGUCGCAAUGACAAAAUCUCCAUCGGACGACCAAAAAUUUAAGGUCUAUGAUUGGAGUCCACAGGAUAAGUCUAUCAUCCUGAGUUCCUUUUUUUGGGGAUACGCAGUAAUGCAAAUACCAAGUGGCUACAUAGCUGGAGUUUGGAGUGGGCAGAAACUACUAAGCUUGGGCAUGCUUGUUUGUAGUGUCUUGAAUAUUUUGAUUCCGACUGCAGCAGAGUAUGGGAAUUUGAUCGCUGUCUGCGUUUGUAGGGUAUGCAUGGGUCUCUGUCAGAGUUGCCUGUUGCCUUGUACACAUACCCUUCUUUCCAAGUGGGCACCACCGGACGAGAGAGCACGACUUGGUGCAUUUUCAUAUGCUGGAGGACAAUUCGGUACUGUGAUUUCUUUUCCAGUUUCUGGAUUCUUAGCAACGUCAAGUAUAGGGUGGCCAUCUGUAUUUUAUGUUUUCGGAGCGUUGGGCAUAAUUUGGAGUAUCGCUUUCUUUAUUUUUGGUUCUGAUAGUCCGUCCGAACAUUCACGAAUUUCGGAAAUGGAGAAGCAAUAUAUAUUUAAUAGCCUAAAAACAUCAGAACAAGAUGACAGCCAAACUAAAAAAAUGGUGAAGAAGACGCCUUGGAAAGCACUUUUCACUUCGGUACCCAUGUGGGCUCUCAUAAUUGUUCAUUGUGGUCAAAACUGGGGAUACUGGACCCUAAUCACGGAAAUGCCAAUUUACAUGAACGCCGUCUUGAAAUUCGAUUUGCAACAGAAUGGAAUGAUGUCUGCGCUACCUUAUUUGACGAUGUGGAUUUUAAGCUUUCCAGCAAGUUUGCUAUCUGACUUUGCUCUACAGAAAGGUGUUUCAAGAGGAGUUGUUCGAAAAGUUUGCAACAGUGUUGCACACUGGGGUCCAGCAGUAGCUUUAAUCUGUCUUGCUACAAUUCCAAUACAUAAUGCUGCUGUAGUAGUAACUAUUCUUGUAAUAGCUGUAGGACUGAACGCUGGAGCUCUUUGCGGAUUUCAAAUAAAUCACAUUGAUCUAAGCCCGAAUUUCGCUGGUACAAUGAUGUCAAUUACAAACUGCGUUGCGUCAGUAAUUGCAAUAGUUGCACCAUUAAUUUGUGGAGUCAUCGUAACUGACGAGGAGAAUAAAACACAGUGGUCCCUAGUAUUUUAUCUGUCCGCUGCUGUUUAUAUUAUAGGGAAUUCAAUCUUUAUUCUCUUCGGUAAAGCUGAAGUUCAACCAUGGAAUGAAACUACGUCUUCGACGCCUAAAAAACAAUCUAGAAACGAAUCUGUAACAACACAGUGA